AUGAGUGAAACUCAGCCAUUAUUAAACGAGACAGACACUAAGGUGUUAAGAGGUCAUAAGAGACACCUGGGCCAUUUAGAGAACUAUUUUGCCCUUUUACAAAGACAAGAAUUGUAUGGUAAUUUUAGCAUCAGCUGUAAGCUGAAUCAUGGGAUAACAUAUGCAGAUCUUGUUCGUGGGCUACGUUCUGUGGUUCUAGCCAAUCCAAUCAUGAUGCAUACGAUGGUAUCAGCCACGAAGAAAGGUCUAUCCUGGGAUAAACUAAGCAAGUACUAUAGAUCUGCUGAAUAUCUUGACAAACCUUGGCCUGAACACGACUAUAUGGAGGUCGUAGACCAUCUAUCCUUGAAGGAUGUAGUUCUCAAUGAACAAACUGAUACAUAUGGUGAUCUGCUAUUACAAUUACAGGAGCAAUUCCAAAGCGAUAAUGGAGUAAUCACUGAAAAUUUAUCCAAUAUUCUUUCCCGGAUACGUAUCCCUGUAUAUCAAAGAAACCAACCAAAUUGGCGUAUACUUUGUCUAAAUAGUAAUUACAUGGAUAACAAUGAUGAUUCAUUUGAUACAUUAGUGUUUAUCAGUAAUCAUUGUUGUGCUGAUGCCAUGACAGGGAUUAAUUUGUUUCAAGACAUUGUAUCAGCCAUUAAUAAGAAUGGCACAGUCAAAGAAGAGGAUUCUGUACAAUCUUCAUUAGAAAUUUGGAAUUAUGAAAGAGAUUAUUCAGAGUGUGGGAAAUUACCUAUCCCAAUUACCGAUAGGGUCAAUUAUGUACCAUCAAUCCUAGGAUUCAUUUGGUUGAUAAUCUCCACAAUAGUCAAUGGCAUAUUCAAUUACAAGAGUAUCUGUGAGAAGACAGAACGUAUUGAAGAGUCUAAACCACAAUUAUGCUACCAAACAUUUGUUCGUUUCACCCCAGAUGAGAUCAUCAAGAUAAAAAAACAAAUCAAUAAAGAGAAAUGUACAAUGACAGCUCUUAUGCAAACUGCAUUAUGUAUUACAUUGAAAGAACAUGGUAUAUUUAAUAAUUGUAGAAGACAUGAAAUCACUUUUGAUAUCACUGUGCCAAAUAAUACCCGUAAAGCAUUACCUGAGUCGUUAGCUCAAGAGCAAUACAAAUAUGGUGCAAACGUUGGUGGAUUACAUUAUUCAUAUCUAAUAUCUAGUUUCCAGGAUUCACAGUUUUGGUCUCUAGCGCGUUAUUAUAAUGGUGUUUUCAAGACUGGUGAUUAUCUUUCAGGGUUAGGAUCUUUAAUGCUAAGUUUUGUUACACAAAAUAAGAACAUGGAUGCAAUGAUUGCCGAUGAAUAUUUAAAUAAGAAACGUGGUGGGAUUAUCUUGAGUAAUGUUGGUGUCAUCAACACGUCAACAGGCUCAGAAGAUAACAGUAGUACUCUUCAAAUCGAGGAUAUGUUAUUCAUGCAAAACCUUGGUGUAUUAAACUUCUCUUAUAGUGUCAACAUUGUUACCACAACAUUAGGUGGAAUGAACCUAUGUAUGAGUGCAGUCGAAGGUGCCGUAGCUUCACAAGAAGAAUUCACAGCUUUCGGCAAUGAAUUACGUGCUAAGAUCAUGGACAAAUGUGAUUAG